UACUAUUGGCUGGAAGUCAAAAAAUGGCUGCCCCCUUGACACGUACAUCUUGGUCCGUUUUAAAAAGAAAUCAGUUCCAGUAUAAACAACUCUUAACAAUUUCGUUUGUGGAUCGUUUUACACAAUACAAACAUUCGUACACGCAAGAUCAGAAGUCACGAAUUUCUGACAAAACAAUUAGAAAUGUCUUGUUUUACACCAUUUUCUUCUCCGGUUUUGGUUAUAUUUUGUACAAAUGGAAGGAGGAUUGCCAGGACCGACUUAACAACCUGACAAAUCCGAUGUUCACGAUACAUGCUAAACCAGUUUCUUGGGAUGGAAAUAAUAAUAGAAGUAGGUAUAAUUUUAUAGCUGACGUGGUUGAGAAAUCAGCUCCUGCGGUAGUGUACAUUGAAAUCCAAAACAACAGAAGAUUUGAUUUUCAAACAGGUAAACCAUUCAACAUAAGCAAUGGAUCUGGUUUCAUCGUUGAAUCAGAUGGUUUGAUAUUGACAAAUGCUCAUGUUGUUACUGCUAAGCCUAACACAACCGUCAAGGUACGUCUUUACGAUGGAACUACUUAUACCGGCGUCGUGGAAGACAUCGAUGUGCACAGCGAUCUUGCAACUGUGCGAAUUAACAAGAAGAACUUACCGGUAAUGAGGCUCGGUUCUUCUACAAAUCUUAGGCCAGGAGAAUUUGUAGUGGCUAUUGGAUCUCCAUUAGCUUUAAGUAACACAAUAACGAGUGGUGUAAUAAGCAGCGUAAGCAGGCAUAGCCAAGAACUUGGCCUUCUUAACAAACAGAUGGCUUAUAUACAAACAGAUGCAGCGAUUACUUUUGGCAAUUCAGGUGGUCCAUUGGUUAAUUUAGAUGCAGAAGCGAUUGGUAUAAAUGCAAUGAAGGUGACAUCUGGCAUUUCUUUUGCGAUACCCAUAGACUAUGCUAAAGACUUUUUGAAAAAAGCAGAAAUGCGCAGGAAAGGCAAAGGUACACAGUUUGCCGCAGAGAAACCAAAAACUCAAUAUAUCGGGGUUACAAUGCUCACCCUUACCCCGGAUCUUUUCUACGAAUUGCAAAAAAAAUUGAAAGGAAUUCCACACAACAUCAGAUAUGGAGUUCUGAUUUAUAAAGUCAUUGUAGGGUCGCCAGCACACUUGGGAGGUUUACAAGCUGGUGAUAUUGUGACACAUGUGAAUGACGAAGAAGUGGAAUCGUCCGCCAGUAUCUACAAAGCCAUAGAAUCGUCCAGAAUUUUGAGAAUGACUGUGAUCAGAGGUCUAGAAGUGUUACAUUUGCGAAUCGAGCCGGAAGAAAUUUAAAUUAUGCGUCUAGUAGUACAAUUUAUUGUAACCAAAAUUGAAACAGAACUACUUUAUCUAAAUAUGUCAUUAAUGUUCUUUCUAGAAUUAUUUUCAUUUCUUUAAUUUUGUAUCUAUAUACCAUACAAUAUCGCUGCGUUAUUAUUUCGAACGAGCCGCGAUCAUCUAUCCAAUAAUAAAAUAAACAAUAUUUGACAAGA